GUGGAUCGGCUUAGAAGAAGAUGAUGAAGGCGAGGAUGGAGAUGGUCUUUCGGCGGAAGAGAUGCUGCUCCAGAGGAGACGCGUCGACGUCUUCAUUGGGAACAGGGGGAAACUCGAUCAUGCAUACUGGGGUUCCAGAGGCUCGCCGGAGAUCGUCCCAGAACCCGGCGACGGAGGAGACGCGAAUUAGGGCUUCAACGGGGUCAAUCGCGAGGAGUGAUAUAAAGAAAUUCCAAUCAUGAAGUGCUGACGAUUGGAAGGGGCAUGACUUCAAGCUCGUACCAUUUGGCAAGGGCUAAAAGAUCUGUCCUGGUAAGAUUGAUUGCUGGGAUGAUACUGGUGGAGCACGUGUUCGCCAAUCUCAUGUCUGCGAGCAGGGAUGAAGAAGGAAGAUAUCAGCCUGAACGAAGCACCUGGUAUUACUGUGCACAGGUGAUCUGCUCUGUUUCUUGGGGCCACCAAAUAUGGAGGAGUAGAGAUGGAAGAUAAGCCCACUUGGUGAUGCUUCUCUGAAAACAAUGGUUUAAAGAUAUGUUUGUGAAUAAAGCUGAGUUGUGGGCUCUACUGGAGAGACUCUCUCAUUGCCAAAUGCACAUCAGACUCCAUCCAUGGGAUAGCAGAUAUGUUCCUCAUUUGAUCCCUCUUAAUUGCAAGACUUAUCUAUGUUGUGUAUCAUUUGCCUAAUUGAGAGCAUUAGAAUCAUUCACAACCCUGUGAGUUCUAGACAACUUAUAAUCUCCUGUGCUUUGUGGUUUCAGGAGAGGAAUCCCUUGGAAACUUUCACCAAAUGGAAGAGACUAUCCAUUUGGAGGUGCAACCCAGUCAUUUAGGAGGAGGAAAGGCAACGCAGCAUGGAAGCUCCCACCAGGGCCAAACACGCUCCCCAUCAUCGGCAACCUCCACCAGUUGGGCCACAGCCGCCUGCACCGGUCCCUGUGGGAACUCUCCAAGGAACACGGCCCUGUCAUGCGCUUGAAGCUUGGCCAUGUACCCGCCGUGGUCGUCUCUUCCGCGGGGUCGGCCGAGCAAGUCCUCAGAACCCACGACCUCGAGUGCUGCAGCCGGCCUCGCACCAUCUCCAACGCGAAAGUCUCCUUCGGCGGCUCCGACGUGACCUUUGCCCCGUACGGAAGCCAUUGGAGGGAUCUGCGGAAGGUUUGCGUGGUGGAGCUCUUCACCACCAAGAAGACCACGUCCUUUAGACCAGUGAGAGAGGACGAGGUCCAGAGAACCGUGGAAUCGAUCCGUUCUCAUGCUCCCAACUCGGUCGUCGUCAACCUGAGUGAGGAGCUGCUCUCUCUUGCUGCCAAUAUCACUUGCAGGACCGCCUUUGGCGGUCGCUGCCACGACGGUUUCCACCGCAUCACCAAAGAGUGUCAAGAAAUCCUUGCCACCUUCUUCGUAGCAGACUACUUCGCCAUGCUCGGGUGGGUCGACGUUAUCAGAGGAACGCAAGCCAGGCUUCAAGAUGUCUUUCUUAAGCUCGAUGUUUUUUGCCGACGACUCAUAGAUGACCAUCUCGAUCCAAGGAGGCAGCAAUCCGACGAUGGUGAAGACACCUUGGAUGCUCUGCUCCGCCUCCAAAAGGACGACAACAAUAUUACAGACGCUCACAUCAAAGGAGUACUCGUGGACAUCUUCGUUGCCGGGUCCGACACAUCGGCGUCGGGGCUGGAGUGGGCGAUGACGGAGCUCAUGAGGCACCCGGAGAAGCUGAGACGGGCACGAGAUGAGGUGAGAGGCUGCGUCGGGAGGAAAGGGAAGGUGGAAGAGAGUGACGUCCACCAGCUCGCGUACCUCAAGUGCGUUGUGAAGGAGACACUGAGGCUGCACCCUCCCGCUCCACUGCUUGUUCCGAGAGAGACGAUGGAGCACGUUAAGGUGGAUGGAUACGAUGUUCCUCCCAAGACAACGAUCUAUGUGAACGCAUGGGCGAUAGGGAGGGAUCCCAACUCAUGGGAGCGGCCGGAGGUGUUCGAGCCAGAGAGAUUCAUGCGGAGCUCUGUGGACACGAAUGGGCAAGACUUCAAGUUCAUACCAUUUGGGGAAGGUCGAAGGAUUUGUCCUGCUAAGAACGUUGGCAUGGCAACGAUGGAGCUGGCGCUGGCCAACCUCUUGUAUUCUUUUGAUUGGGAUUUACCAGAUGGGAUGAAGAAGGAAGACAUCAGCAUGGAUGAAGCGCCUGGCAUUGCUGUGCACAGGAAAUUUCCUCUGGUUCUUGUGGCCACCAAGUAUGGUGGAAUAGAUGUGAAAGAUAAAUCUGAAUGGUGAUUCUUCUCUGAAACCAAAAAAAGAAGGCUUAAAUCUAUGUUGUACGAACAGACCUCACCUGUGGGUUAUACAGCAGUCUUUCUCA